CUUUUGACGUUUUCUGUUGUUUGGGUGAUGAUUCUGCCUCUCCUUGAUUCUCUGAGCUUCUUUGUCUGCUAUCUCCUUUGUGCUUUUGCUGAUGUUGGUGGCAGGGGAGGAUGUUUGUGGUGAGGUUUUUUGUUGUUGUUCCUUUUGGAUUUCUUUUUGGCUUCUGUUUGUGUGUGUUUGUUUAUGCGGGGAAGAGUAAAGGGAGUUGUGGUUUCUUUGCUGUCUUUCGGAAAGGGAGAAGAAGAAACGAGGACAGGAAACUUGGGGAGAAAGAAGAUGAAGAAGAAGAAAGGAAGAGGGUAGUGCCAAGAAGAAGAAGAAGAAGAUGAAGAAGUCGUGGCUUUUUAAGAAGGGGAAGCAAAGUGCAGUGAAGCCGAAGAAAGAACUCCCCCCCUCGUUCUUGGCCUACAAGGCCUCUCUUUUAUAGCAGGGAGUUAUACUGUAGCUCUACAGUAGUUAACGGUUGUGCACUGUUCUUAUUGGCUGUUAGGGGUAGGGGGUAAGUGUAUUUUUUUUAUUGGCUAGUAGGGUAGGUU